AUGCGGGACUUGGUGGUUUGGCGGACCGCUAAGUUCCAGCUGAAAUCGCGAGAAGCCCGGGCGCACAUGGCGGCCGGCAAGGCCGCGGCUGCCGUGGCGCAUUCGCGCGCUUCGGCGCUGGAGGAUGCGACAAACGCGAAGGCUUGGACCGGCCUGGCGCGCAGUUGCGUGGAGCAGAUGGCUUUGGCGUCGGAGAGCGUGGAGGAGGCAGCGGGGAUGAUGGCGAGCGGCGGCGAGGACGUGAAUCUGCCGCGCAUCCACCUGUCCACCGCCGUCACACUCGCGCUCGACUGCGCCGAGGGAUUCGACCGCUUCGCGCCGGGCAGCUCCCGCGACCCUCGCGUCAAGGCCCUGCAGGUGCGUGCCUCCUCGCCCCGGGUCCCUGCUGCUGCUCGGUGCGCACGGCAUUACUGCCGUGGCGUGAAGCAGCCAUGGCAUGGCGCUGAUCUCGCGCUCCCUGCUCGCUUCUCGCCACCAUUCGUUGCGCACAUUGCCGCGCUUUGGAAAAAAGCAGCGAUGGACGCGCGGGCGCUGGCGAUGGAGGCGCUGGGGCGAGCAGAAGACAUGGCGGCCAUGAUCGCAGCAGCAGCAGGUGACGACUCUGCUGCUGCCGCCGCCGUGCCUUUGCCCUCGCCCACUCGCCGCCGCCUGCUGCAAGCCGCUGGCGCCACCAGCGGUGGUGCUGACCCCACCUUUACGGGCGCAGGCACGGCCACUGCCAUCACGGUGGCCCACCCCCACAACCCCAUCCCCAACACCGGCACUCCCGGCACUGGCAAAGGCGCCGCCCACACACACUCCACUGAGCCCACUCGCCGCCGCCUGCAACAAGCUGUCAGUGCGGGCAGGUACGGGCAAUGUUAUCAGGGUGGCCAACUCCGACAACCCCAUCCCCGAAACCAGCCCUUCUGGCAAUUCUGGCGUCAUUCCCGGCACCGGCACCGCCGCCUGCGGCAAGCCGUCACUGCGGGCAGGGCUCCUCAUGCAGGCCCCACCGCCACCGGUGCAGGCACAACCACUGCCGUCACGGGGACCAACCCCCACAACUCCAUCCCCGACACCACUCCUGGCACCGGCAUGGCCACCGCCACUGAACCGCCUUGCCUGCUACUGCCGGAUCCUUCCCCUCCUUCUUCCCCUCCACCUGAUCCCCCUCCACCUUCGCCCCCCCCUCCUUCCCCUCCUCCCUCUUCUCCUCCCCCUCCCUCACCUCCUCCAUCUCCCCCUCCACCUUCCCCCCCUCCUCCCUCCCCUCCUCCACCUCCCGCCCCCCCUCCUCCACCUCCCUCCCCUCCUCCACCUCCCUCCCCUCCUCCUCCACCUCCCUCCCCUCCUUCUCCUCCUCCCUCCCCUCCUCCUCCACCUCCCUCCCCUCCCCCUUCCCCGCCCCCAUCUCCGCCCCGAUCUCCGCCCCCAUCUCCGCCCCCUUCCCCACGACCCGCUCCGCGCAUCACCCCCACGGUCACCGUGGCACAGGAUGGUUCUGGGAACUUCCUCACCGUGCAGGAAGCGAUCAGGGCAUACCCGGUGGGGUUCAGCGGGCGCUUUGUGGUGUUCAUCCGGCCGGGCGUGUACCGCGAGAAGGUGGCCAUCAACUCCACCUGCAAGAACGUCACGCUGCUGGGGCUGGCUGCCGCAUCCACCGUCAUCUCCUGGAACGACAACGGAACUGCCGGCACCGGCACCUUCCAGUCCGCCACUGUUGGUAAGCAACCACCCAUGCUCCCUCGCUCCUCUCCUCCCUGCCGCCGCCAGCUGGUCUCUGUGGCCGGGACUGGAUUUGUAGCCAUCGGCAUUCGCUUUGAGAACACGGCAGGGAGGGCUGGGAACCAAGCGGUGGCGUUCAGGCAGUCAGGCGACAAUGCGGCCUUUUACGAGUGCGAGUUCUUCGGGUCGCAGGACACCCUGUAUGCGCACGUUGGGCGCCAGUACUACCGCAACUGCUACGUGAAAGGGUCGGUGGAUUUUGUCUUUGGCAACGGUGCGGCCGUCUUGGACAACUGCACGUUCCACAUCCUCCCAUACGCGGGUGUGGCGCUCACAGCAUCGGGGCGAACCAACUACACGGAGAACACGGGCAUCGUCAUCCUCAACUCCGAAAUCCAGGGCAACCUUGUCAACAGAGCAUACCUCGGACGUCCCUGGAAGCCCUACGCGAGAGUGGCUGUCAUCAACACAAAAAUCAGUAAUGUGCUGAAUACAACUGGCUGGCUGGACUGGGCGGGUACAGUGUACAACACUUCCACAUUCAUCGAGCGAGGCAACAGUGGGCCGGGGUCUGUGGGGCCGCGCAUAGCGUGGGCACUGCCGGGCAUUGUGAGUGACCCUGCGCAGGUCGCCAUGUACUACCCCAACAGCUUCCUCGCCCCCUUCUCCACCAUCGCCAAACUCAUUCCCUUCCCCUGGCUCUGA